CUUCUAAACAAGAGAUAGCUGGGAGGUGGAGGAAACUUCAAAGGCUCAGCAUCAAAACAAUAAUUAUUCCUUGGUCGGUUCGAUAGUCUUUCACAAUAUUGUUUAGUUUUUGCUUGUUGACAAAAACUGAAAAUCAUUUAUUCAUAGUAAGUUUCAAUGGUUAAUUUUUAUAUAGUUUUCACUGACAAAAUUAACAUUGACUAGUAACUCAAAGGGAAAUUUCAGACUGAGAUAGUGAAGCAUCGUACCUCAGGCAGAAUCUUCAAAGGACAACAUUACUGUUUAAGUUGUUGCAAUUCAUGUUAAUUGGCUUUACUGUCUAGUUAGAAUGGGACCUUGGCAAACUAUGAAUGCUACAUCAGAGAACCAGUCAGACUGCCCCGAGGUAAACGUCCCCUUCGCUGUCUUCUUCGCCAUUGGAGUAGUGGGCCUGGCCAUGAACCUCCUGGUUGUGGUGGCUGUCAUAUGGAACAGGAACCUUCACUCGCCCAUGUAUUGCUUCAUCUGCAGCCUGGCGGCUUUCAACACUGUCGCCAGCCUCAUCAAAAUGUGGGAGAACGUGAUGAUUGUUUUGGCUGACAUGGGACAGCUGGAGAGGAGAGAUUCCUUUGUAACCAAGCUGGAUGAUGUGAUAGACUCCCUGCUGUGUAUGUCAUUCGUUGGCUCCUUUUUCAGUUUCCUGGCUAUUGCUGUGGACCGUUACAUCACCAUCUUCCAUGCGCUGAGAUACCACAACAUCAUGACAAUGUGUCGCACCAAGGUCAUCCUGGGUGCCAUCUGGGCAACAUGUGGGGUGUCGGCUGUGCUCAUGGUGAUGUUCUUUGAAUCCAAGUUCAUCAAGAUCUGCUUUGUCAUCUUGUUUGUCGUCUUCUUGGUAAUCAUCUGCUUCCUCUAUGUCUACAUGUUCAUGCUGGCACGCAUCCAUGCCAGGAAGAUCACAGCUCUGCCGACCAGCAGCGGGCGGAAAUGUCGCCGCCAGCAAUGGUGGGGGAGCAGCAUGAGAGGGGCCCUGACUCUCACCAUCUUGUUUGGGGUAUUUGUGGUGUGUUGGGCACCAUUUUUCUUCCACCUCAUCAUCAUCAUGGUGUGCCCCAUGAACCCAUACUGUGAAUGCUACCGAUCGCUUUUCCAGCUACAUGUGGUGCUGAUGAUGAGCCACGCCGUUAUCGACCCUGCCAUCUAUGCCUUCCGCAGCGCUGAGCUCAGACACACCUUCAGGAAGAUGCUGCUUUGUUCAGACUGGAAGCAUUACUCAUAAACAGAUCCCAUUUAUACAAUUUAUUUUAGCCUUUACUUAUCCACAGUUGAUCUUUACCUGCAGACACCUUUAAAUUCGCUGGCAGUCAACAAUACAUUGUGCUGCCACUGAGUAGCAGGGGGUCAGGGUCACCCUGGAGCAAAUAGUCCAUUUUCUUCCUUGACUUUACCCUAACUGGUAUUUGAAACUAGGUAGAUCAAAGCUACUGGAUCCUGUACAAUUGUUUUUUUGUGUUCAACUGAGCACAUUUUAUUUUUCUUCAGUUUGCACACACCUAAAACUGAUGUUUUUUUUCAUUAGGUAACAACCUAACAGCAGUCUGUCUUCUAAACAUCAAUUUCUCCUCCAAGACCUUAUUUCACUUCAAAUCUUGAUUGAAAUGACCCAUCUGCACCACAUUUACACGAGACAUGUUUUCUAGAACCAAUUUUACUUAAAGUGCUUUUUUUUUUUUUUUACAUGGAUCAUACACAAUUUCCAACAUUCACAAGACCAGAAAUGUACAGCUGAUGAGAACAUUAUGAAAGCAGAUCUUCAUUUUGACUUUAGCAUUUAUUCAGACACAUAAAUAAAAUAAUUCAUUUUAAGCAACACAGGGAACACUGACAUCAGCCAUCCAUCCAUGUUCUACCGCUUAGUCCCAAACGGGGUCACGGGGGGCUGGAGCCAAUCCCAGCCGGCUGUGGGCGAGAGGCGGGGUACACCCUGGACAGGUCGCCAGUCCAUCGCAGGGACACUGACAUCAACCAUUUCCAAUGUAGCUCACAUUUAUAUUUCUGUAUGCCAUCACUUUACUAUUAGCUAACAGGAAAUACUUCAGUGGACUUACACGUAGGACUAAGCAUGCAAUUAGCACUCAAGAGAUGGGCUCUGUUCAGUGUCAACAUACAGUCACUCACUGUUUCUGUGGAAACAAGAACUGACUUCUUUAGAUAACAGUGAAUCAAUUUGCAUAAGUGCACAGAUAUAUCAUGAUGAAGUUGAAUGUACAUUCGGCAAAACUGAGUUAUUCUUCAAAUCUAUGGGAAAGAAAAAUAAAUAUCAUUGUGUUUUAAUAAAUGCUCUUUUCAGUGUAGUGUAUAUUUGUAUGUUUACUCAUAUGUUCAUUUUCUUUUCUCACAACUUUUAAACAUAACAAACAUUAAUGGAGGUUAUAUUAAUUACAAUACAAAACAUCAAAGUUGUUCCAAAAAUGUCUUGAAGAUACAUCUAGUAUUUAUAGCUGGCUUCUCUUUGCAAUAAAUAUUAAUAUAUAACACUGGAUGUUUAGUGCGUACCAUACAGCAAUGAUGCAUACUAUUUUGUAUGAAGAGCAGAUGGUUGAUACUAUGAAGAGUCCUCUGAAGCUUCUCAGCUGGGAGGUAGGCAUCAACAGCACACACUUACAGAGAGCACUGUGAAGCUCUUUGUACAUUAUUUUCUUUACAUCUCAAGUGUGACCUUCUGGCAUCUUUACUUACUGCUUACUUAUAUGAUAUGGGAGACUGAGUGACUCUGCAUCCUAAUCAUAGCACAAACUGUUGUGCUGCUAACCGUUGGCAGAUUUAAAGCUACAAUAUGUAAUUUAAGGUUGUGCUGGCAUGACACACUAAAUCAUCCCACUCCGCUCCGCCCAGCACUCCCUCUCCUUGCUCCACUAUGCUCUACUACACUCCACCACGCUCUGCACAGCUGUUCAGAUAUUUAUCAUUAUGAAAUUACAAUAAAUGAGAAUGCAACAAAACUUGCUGAUCAGAAAUAAUUGAAAAUCUCUGAU